AUGCCUUAAGAGACUAUCGAAAUAUAAAUGUUAAAACAACAAGUUUAAUUAUUACAAUAAGAACUUCAAUAAAUUCAUUAAUAUUGUAAUAUACGUACACUUUGGAAUAAUAUAUUCUCAAAAUUAGAAACCAUUACAUAUACAUCUAAAGAACCUCUCAAAAUAUAUUAGUAGUUAAUGUUUAGACAAAGUUUAUCUCAAGAUUAAAUUAAACCAGAAUAUCUCACAUAAGAUGAAGGAUGUUAGAUUGAUGAUGAUUAAAUUAAAUUUAAUGUACAAGACAUUAUCAAAUCAUCAAUAUAAUCAAUCAAUAUAGAAUUGGAAAUACAAUAAGACAAAUAUCUCUAAAAUAAUUUCAAUUAAAUUGAAAUCAAAAUAAAAAUUAAGAUCAUCCAUUAAUUCAUCUCUCUCUAUACCAACUACUAUUAUUAAUUUAUCUAAAAAUAAAAUUAUAUUACAAAAUCUAUCAGUAAUUUAGAAUAAGAGGUUAAGGUACAAAAUAUAAUAAAAUUCUUAGGAUUUUUAAAUUAAUGAUUUAAAAAUAUAGAAUUAAGCACUGAAGUAGGAUAUUUCAAAUCUAUAAUUAAAUAUGUACAUAAUUAGAGGAAAAAGAAGCAAAAUUAAAACUCUUAAAAUUUAUGGUAUUGAAUCAUCAACAAUAAAAUAAUGA